AUGUCUCUAUUCCCACACCCUCGCCGUGUCGUCACCGGCCAUGACAAAAAUGGCAGGGCCAUUGUCGUAGCUGAUGGCCCUGUUCCGGUGAUGCCCACGCCUACGAACGACGUUAAUCUUGGUGUCCUGUACGAAACACACAAAUUUCCCGUGUCCAACGACGUCUGGGAUGAUCCUAUCCUGCAGCGGACUACAGACCUCGUGAAUCAGGAGGGCAUAGUUCUGCGCACCGUCGACUUCAAGCCCAACAAGAAAACGAUGUUUCAUCGCACGGAAUCCUUGGACUUUGGAAUCCUUGUUAAGGGCGAGCUUGUCUGCUGCUUGGACGACGGAGUCGAAGUCACGCUCAGGGCUGGAGAUACAUGUGUCCAGCGCGGCACCAUUCACGGCUGGGACAACAGAACCGAUCAGCCUGCCCGCAUGUUUUUCGUUCUAACAGCGGCGACGCCAGCGACGAUCGGAGACCUUGUUCUGCGGACGACUGGGGUUUCUCGCAAAGACGUUGCGUCGGGGGGGGCGGGCUGA